AUGUGCGAAUCCAAUUGCAACAACAAUCUUUGCGCUGUACUACACGGCAAAGAUGAUAUUCGUAUGGAAGGACGAGAGGUGCCGAAACCGAAACCGAAUCAAUUACUCAUCAAGAUUCAUACAGUUGGUAUAUGUGGCACGGAUGUACACUAUUGGAAGCAUGCAAAAAUCGGCGAAUUCACCGUUACUAAGCCUAUGGUACUCGGACAUGAGUCCAGUGGCACUGUGGCGGCCGUCGGCUCUGACGUUAAAGGUUUCAGCAUUGGUGAUCGUGUGGCCUUAGAACCGGGUGUAGCGUGUAGAGUUUGCAUGGCAUGCAAAACUGGUAAGUACAAUGUAUGUGACGAUGUGAGAUUCUUUGCCAAUCCACCUUAUGACGGCUCUCUAGCGAGAUAUGUGGUCCAUGAUGCGGACUUCUGUUUUAGAUUGCCCGAUAAUGUGACGAUGGAAGAAGGCAGCAUGGCUGAGCCACUCUCUGUAGGAGUUCAUGCUUGUCGACGAGCCGAAGUUUCAAUCGCUCAAAAAAUCCUCAUCCUUGGAGCAGGCCCAAUAGGUUUAGUGAACAUGGUUUGCGCAAAAGCAAUGGGUGCUUCACAAGUCAUUAUGACUGACAUUUGCGAUAGUCGGCUGGAACUGGCCAAAAAAUUGGGCGCCGAUAGGACGUUGAACGUGAACGGAAUGAGUGCUUCAGCGGCAUCUGAGGCCAUAAUUGUGAGCUUAGGCCAACGACCUGAUGCCCAUCAUGACCAGUGCUAUCUUGUUACAUAUUGUACAGAAUUGAUCUUAAAAAACAACAGAAGUAUCCGUAAAACUUGCGUGAUCCUUCAUAAAAGUGCAGCAAAUUAUCUAAACCGAAUUAAAUUUUAUGUGGUGAAACGAGGUGGUAUACUGGUGUUGGUCGGUUUAGGCGGUCAUCAUGCUCAACUGUUCUACACUGAAGCGGCCAUGAGGGAAAUCGAUAUACGUGGUGCAUUUCGAUACGUUAAUUGUUUUCCGACAGCAAUUGAACUGAUUUCGUCUGGUAAAGUUGACCUGAGUGGGUUCACUAGAGCUCACUAUAAACUAGAAGAAUCAGUCGAAGCAUUCCAACGCUCCCUGAAGGGUGAUGUCGUCAAAGUUUUCAUUCAUUGUGAUGAUGCUACAGAAUGA